GUUAAUUUAGUUAAAUACAUACAGUUCAUAGUUACCUGCCAUUAGCAGAGCAGACAUUCAAGGGAGGUCAGAGAGAGGUAAAAUCCGCGCGAAACAAACCCUAGAAAUUGAGAUGGCAGAGAAAUUGGCUCCGGAGAAGCGUCACCGUUUCACCCACAACGGCCAAACUGUAUAUGAAUGGGAUCAAACCCUAGAAGAGAUCAAUAUUUACAUCAAUUUACCUCCAAAUGUUCAUUCAAAGCAAUUCUAUUGCAAGAUUCAAUCAAAACAUCUUGAAGUUGGCAUCAAAGGCAAUCCCCCUUAUCUCAAUCAUGAACUCUCCUGCCCAGUGAAGACCGAUUCUUCCUUUUGGACUUUAGAGGAUAAUAUAAUGCAUAUAACACUGCAAAAAAGGGAUAAGGGUCAGACAUGGUCUUCUCCAAUACUGGGUCAGGGUCAGUUGGAUCCUUACUCCUCUGAUAUUGAACAGAAACGUCUCAUGCUUCAGAGAUUUCAGGAAGAGAAUCCUGGUUUUGACUUCUCCCAGGCGCAAUUUACCGGGAACUGUCCUGAUCCUAGGACUUUUAUGGGUGGAAUCCGCACAGGUUGACAAUGUCAAUAUGCUUAGAUUAGUGGGUCACUGAAUGCUGAGUGUUGUCUAGUAACUAAAAUAUCACAUUGUGCUUCUUUCAUCUUCAUGGCACUAUCAGCUUGCCAACCAAAAUUAUGGCAAUAUCUGUAAUAAGCAUAUAUGUGGCCACUUGUUCGUUCUAAUUAAAGUUCCUUGUUUAUAAGUGUAAAA